CUGUACUGUAUUAUUACAGACUUCUUGGAACUUUCUCUUCAUCGAGGACAUGGCUGCACACCAGAAAACAGAUGUUCCACCAUGUUAGACUGCACCUUCCUCUACAGAGACACCUCUCUGCGCAGAUGGGUUUGAGAAACAGAUGCUGAGAGGUCCCUUCAUAGUGAAGACUAUGCUAUGGCUGUGCCCACUGAAUUAGUCACAGAACUGACUACUGCACAUCUCCAGGCAGCCUGUGGAGUGGUGUGGAAACCUCCUCAAAAUGGACCACAAACCCUCUCCAGGGGUUCCAUCUUCUCAGGGCUGCAACACCUCAUCUGGAUCCAAUGGCUGCUGGGGCUUGGAGUUAAAGGUUGCCAUAAUACUGAUGACUCUGGCUGGACUCCUUAUCUUGGCUCUUCUCUACCGCAUCCUGCUCCUCCGACAUAAGCUGCGUAUGGCUCAGGCCAGGAACUCUUUGGAGUACUUUGGCUUCUACCACAUGGCCCACUACAGCCUCAAAGAACUGAACCUGCCUCCUGUAGUGACUCCUACGGUUACCUCUCCCCCUCCUGAUCCCCACACACCCCCUCAGACUUCUCCUCCACCUUCACCUGUUCUUCCUGCACCUCCUCCCGUCAUUCCUCCACUCAUUCCUCUCCCUCCACCUCCACCACCGCCGCCUACACUGCAGCCUCCCCCGCACCCCAUCAUCUUCACCACCCCUCCAAGCCCUCACUCGGAUGCCGAGGUUUACUCCCGCAUCGGUGCCCUGCGGCCCUCCAGACUCUCCAGUGUGAGUCAGACACAGGUGGUCCUCUUUGAACACUCCUCUCUGUGACCCCUUUGGAGAAGAACACUAUCACUUUCUCCACAACAGUUGCUAUUUUCACAGAGGACUGAGCUUCAACUUUGUCCUUGUCUGGAGGACAAAUUAUUUUUUUUUCAUAAAUAUUUGAUGUCAUCUAUCUAUUAUCAUACAACAACUAACUUUGAAUGUUUGUAGUAGUCCACCGCAAGACAUCAGAGUUUUAUAAGCCUACAUUGCUAAUGUUUCUAAACCUACAUCACUGAUGAUUUCUAUCUAAUACCAACAAAAAACAUUCUGUUGCAAAAUAAAACACACUGUGGCUCGAACUACUUUAGAUUCUCUAACAAGCCUUUAAUAGAUAGUUUAAUGGAAUAAAUCCCUAACAUUAAGUGGAGAUUCUUCACAUUCACACGUCUUUUUAAUUUUAAACAAAAUAGAUUUUUAUCAUUAUUCAGUUAUUGUGAUGUAAACAAUGCCAUUCAGAUUGGUUUGAUGUGGUCUAUCAUAUAAAAACAUUUUA